AUGGCAACUGCUAUGGAUUUCUACAGUAGCAAAACGUUUCAACAAUCUGAUCCUUUCGGCGGUGAAUUAAUGGAAGCGCUUUUACCUUUUAUCAAAAGCCCUUCCUGCGAUUCUACAGCGUCUGCGUUUGCGUCCGCGUUCUCUCCUCCUCCUUACUACUCUUCCUUCCUCGGAUCAUACCCUGACGUCUGCUUGACCCAACCGAUUUCAUACGGGUCGGAUCUUCAGCAACUCGGGUCCCAGAUCCACUCUAUCUCGAACCUUCUUAGCCCUAAACCGGUCUCGAUGAAGCAAUCUGGUGCUGCGACGAAGCCGACGAAGCUAUACAGAGGAGUGAGGCAGCGUCACUGGGGAAAAUGGGUCGCUGAGAUCCGUUUGCCCAGGGACCGAACUCGUCUCUGGCUAGGGACAUUCGACACGGCGGAGGAAGCGGCGUUAGCCUAUGAUAAGGCGGCGUAUAAGCUGCGCGGCGAUUUCGCCCGGCUUAAUUUCCCUAACCUCCGUCACAACGGAUCCAACAUCGGAGGCGAGUUCGGCGAGUAUCAACCACUUCAUUCCACAGUCGACGCUAAGCUUGAAGCUAUCUGCCAAAACUUGGCCGAGACGCAGAAACAGGGGAAAUCAGCGAAGAAGGCUUCUUCCCGGAAACGUUCGGCGAAACAACCGGAGGUCAAUUCGUGUCCAGAUCUUGCGGAGGAAGUCAAAUCAGAGGAUUACUCUAGCUCUGGAUCUCCACCGUCAACGGAGAGCUACGGAUCCGGCGAUUCUUCGCCUUUGUCGGAUCUGACGUUCGCCGAUACGGAGGAGCAGCCGCCGUGGAACGAGAACUUUGCGUUGGAGAAGUAUCCGUCGUACGAGAUCGAUUGGGAAUCGAUUCUGUCUACUACAAGUUAG